AUGGAUGGAUUUUACUCCUCCGCGGAAGACGUGCAGGAUGUGAUGGAUGACAGCAGCAGGAGGAAGAGCUGGGCAGAGGAAGGCCACUCCAACCUGUCCCUCCGUGUGCUGACAGCUGCCUUCCUCUUCCUCCUCAUCCUCUCCACACUUCUGGGCAACACCCUGGUGUGCGUGGCCGUGGUCAAGUUCAGACACUUGCGCUCGAAGGUCACCAAUUUCUUUGUCAUCUCCUUGGCAGUUUCUGACCUCCUGGUGGCUGUUCUGGUGAUGCCCUGGAAGGCUGCCACCCAGGUGCUGGGAUCCUGGCCCUUUGGGGCUUUUUGUGAUGUUUGGGUGGCUUUUGAUAUCACCUGCUCCACAGCCUCCAUCCUCAACUUGUGCAUCAUCAGCGUGGACCGUUACUGGGCUAUCUCCAACCCGUUCUGCUACCAGAGGAACAUGACCCAGCACGUGGCUCUUGCCAUGAUCGGGGUGACUUGGCUACUGUCCCUCUUGAUUUCCUUCAUCCCCGUGCAGCUGGAGUGGCACAAGGAUGGUGGGCUCCAGAGCCACCAGGAAUCACGGUUUAAUACCACCAGGGAAGAGGAGAACUGUGAUUCCAGCCUCAACAGGACUUAUGCCAUCUCAUCUUCUCUCAUCAGCUUCUACAUCCCUGUUGCCAUCAUGGUUGGGAUGUACACCCGGAUCUUCCGCAUCGCCCGGCGACAGAUCCGCAGGAUCUCCUCCCUGGAGAGGGCAGUGGAACGUGCCCCAAACUGCCCCAAAAUCAACUGCCCUCAUGAGGCCUCCCUGAAGAACUCCUUCAAGAAGGAGACCAAGGUCCUCAAGACUCUCUCCAUCAUCAUGGGGGUCUUUGUCUUCUGCUGGCUGCCCUUCUUUGUGCUCAACUGCAUGGUGCCCUUCUGUGAUCUUGACCUCCAUCAGCCAGGAGAGCUCCCUUGUGUCAGCAAGACUGUCUUCAACAUCUUUGUCUGGUUUGGGUGGGCCAACUCUUCCCUCAACCCCAUCAUCUACGCCUUCAAUGCAGACUUCAGGAGAGCUUUUGCAACCCUUUUGGGCUGUGGCUGCCUCUGCCCCAGCAAUGCAGUGGAGACAGUGAACUUCAGCAAUGAGCUGGUCUCCUACCACCAUGACACCACCUAUCAGAAGGAGCUGGUGACCCUCAGCUACCCCCAGCUUCUCCCCCACACUGCUCUGCAGAUGGAAAACAAUGAGGAGUCCUUGGACAAAGUUUCUCAGGUCUCCCAGCCCUCUCACAACACCUGCCCUCUGGAUGCCUUGCCUGUGGUGAUGCACGAGGAGUGUGAAACCACCCUCUCACUGGAGAAGAUCACACCUCUCCCCAGCAAUGUGUUCCAUUGA